CUGUCUUCAACCAGUCACGCUACUGGCUGCAUUGGAAACCCCACCCUCGAAGCAGCUCAACCAAUGGACGUACAGCAUUCGUCAUUUAAACUGAGUAUAAAAGUCAGCUUGUCAACGUCUCGGGUGGCGCCAGUUUUGAACGGUGCUGUUUUGAGUUGUGUGGCUGUUUUUCCUGGGUAUUACCGUGAUUGCAGAACGCGAUGACCAUCCCCUCUGCAGAGGAGCUGGACUCCUUCAAGUACAGCGACCUGCAAAAUUUAGCCAAAAGGCUGGGCCUCCGGGCUAAUCUGAGGGCAGACAAGUUGUUAAGAGCCUUGAAAGCACACCUGAAUCCAGAAACAAGGAAAGAAAAUAAAAUUCAGGAUGAAAAUCAGUCUUCUGCAUUCUCCUGUGAAGAGACUGAGGUACAAGUUAGCAGUGAGGAGCAAGCUGAGAUGGAAUCAGGUGGUCAUGUCAACAAAACAAGGAGAAGGAAGCACAAGACCAUCCAUGGAAUUCCUACCUCCCAGGAUCAUUUGGAGAUGAGAGGAAGUGAUGGUACUAACUUCCAAAAUCAGGACAGUCAGGACAACCAAGACUUCAGCACUACAACAGAAGUUCCUUCUCUGACAGAGCAGAGGCCAGGAGAUGGGAAGGCAGCUUCCUCAGGAGAAGGAGAAAUAAAUGACUGUAAAGACUCAAAAAGGCCUUUAGAAAAAAGAUCUCUAUGCACGGAUGGGUUUUCUAAACUUGGGAACAAUAAAAGGACUUCAGCCACGACACCAAACUUUAAGAAGCUUCAUGAGGCUCGUUUUAAGAAAAUGGAAUCCAUUGAUGAAUAUAUUGUAAGAAAAAAGAAACACUUUAAAGAACACAAUUCACUUAAUGAACUAAAGCAGCUUGACAAAAAAGGGACAGUGACCCCAGUUCCACCAAAAGGAAGACUCUCUGUACCUUGUACCCCUGCCAGGCGGCAGUGCUCACAAGGCUACUCAACAACUAAAAUGAAUGUCAGGUUUUCAGCUGCUACUAAAGAUAAUGAACAUAAGAGCUCACUGACCAAGACACCAGCCAGAAAGUCUCCACAUGUGGCCACACCGGGGAGGGCUUCGAAAGGCCAGGCUGAGUUCAGGACACCCAAGUUAAAGGCCACUGAGAGGAAGUCUACUGCAGUUAUUACCCCAUUCAAGUUGAUGACUGAAGCAACACAGACUCCAAGUUCUAGUAAGAAACCGGUAUUUGAUCUCAAAGCAAGCUUGUCUCGUCCCCUCAACUACAAGCCACACAAAGGAAAGCUGAAACCUUGGGGGCAAGCUAAAGAGAACAAUUCUCUGAACGAAUGUGUAAGCAGAGUUACCUUCCACAGGAAAACUUACAAACAACCUCAUCUCCAGACCAGGGAAGAACAACGGAAGAGACAUGAGCAAGAACGAAAGGAGAGGAAGGAAAAGCUUUUGGAAGCUCGAAGAAACCUGGGUGUGACUCAAGCCCGGUGACUCUGCCUGUUCCCUUACUCCUGUUUUCCUUUUGUAUGUGUUUAUAUUCUUUCUCUACUUCAGUCAAAAGCUCCUUUCUAUCAUAACUUUUGGUCAUAAUUUGUGUAGUGUCUCUUCUUCUGUGCUAUAUCUGAGAAUAUAUUAUCACCUUAAAUUUCAUAACUAAAGUGGUUUUCACCUAAUAUCCUGUACAACUCCGUCUUUUAAAAGACCUGUCCUCAUGAUUAAUAAGAGAGGCUUUUCAUGUCAAGGUCCUGCUAGUUCCAGUGGAGAGAACCUGUAUUUUUUUCUGCACAAGAGUUUCCCUUAGCAGUAAGCUGUAGCCAGAUCUUAGCACGAGAGAAUAAGAUAAAGUUCAUAGGAAAAGGGAGGCUGGAAAGGCCACGUUUUUGUUCAGUAGCCUGGAAAAUCUACUAGUCUUAUUGAGAUCUUAUUUAUCAAGGUAAAAAGUUUUAGCUUAUAACUGUCACUCAUUAUAAUCCUAACUAGAAAAUCUCCACUCUCUCUACUUGUUAAAUAAAAGCCACAAGGCUUUUACAACACUCAUCUAUCACCUUGUCCCACCAAAAACAAAGCUGAGAAUUGCUGCUGUAAGAAUUACCAUCUUUGGCAGACUUCAGUCUUACAAGUAGUAAAGAGAGAGGGAGAGAAGCUGCUAAGCAUAACCUUUGACCUUUGCUCUGCCGUGUAGAGAUUCCAAGUUGUGUGAUGCUUACAAUGUUCAUAAAUAAAGUUGUUUUCACUGUGAUAGC